ACGUGCGUACGUACGCAUCGGGUCAUUGAUCAACAACAAACUUUUGUACACAGUGUACGUACGUGCCUGAGCGAUAUCAAAACUUUCGAAACUAAAAUAGGCCUAAACUAGAACUUAAAAGGCCUAGGCCCAAGAUCUUUUCUACGGGUUACCAUUUGUACUCUGAUUUCAAAUUCUCAUGCAAAUGGAAUAGACCUUACUCUUUUAGUAAUGUCGAAACGGAAGAGAACAUAUGAUGGAGACGAAGCUAGGCAGCUUUUCCAAGCUCUUUAUUUUAGUGAGGUCGACUCUGAUCAUGUCGAAUCCGAACAUCUUCAAGAAGUUCAACCUAAGGCAAAGGGUCUUUGCUUGCGGCUUAGCUCCAGUACUAGUUCCAGCGGUUCUGACUCUGACUCUGAAACCGGGCUGCACCCCCGGCUGCACAUUGGCAAGGGUUUGUCUCCGAAUUCAAGUGAUGGCCAUGAGUCGCAAUAUGACAGGAUUGAUGCUCAGAAUAAGGUGAAACAUUUCAGUGAAACCAGCAAUACACCAAAGGAGAACUCACAUCCCCAAAGAGAUGAGCACAAGUAUGAAGCCAAACUGGAAGCAGAUGGACACCAAUUGGAAGAUUGUUCAUUCACAGAAGUAGAUUUGUCUUUUAGUGAGUCAGAGUGCUACAUUUCUGAAGUCUAUGAGACCUCCGAAGCAUCAGACAUAGAUGGAACCCCUGAUGACAGAGAAGAUGUGGGAGUUACUGUUUCAGAGGUUGAUUGGAAUGGUGAAGGUAGUGAUUCUGAAACAGAUGAACUGAGAGAAGAAGACGACGAAACACAUAUAGGAAUUGUAUCAGAGGUUGAUGUACAGAAUACUGCAGAUAGUGACAUUGAGAUGGAUACAGUUAGUGAAGAAUGUGACAUUGGAGUAGGGUGCAUGGAUGAUGAUGAUAAAGCUCUCCGAGGUAGAAAACGCACCCGUGUACAUUUUGUUGAUGGCAGUUCUGAUUCAUCUUGUGCAAGUAUUCCUUCAUUGAGUGUUAAGAAAAGAAAGAAAAACAAGUCCAGUCGAGAGUUAGCAUCAAUAUUAAGAAUGAAAUGCUGCAAAAACUAUUGUCUUCACAAAGUUUCCAGAAGAGAAGCAGCCGCCUGUAGGAAUAAAUUCCAAGAGAAGGCAAAAUGGGAGCAGAGGAAAUGGAUUUUGGAAUACCUCUUGGAACAUCAUGAGACAUCUGGGAACCUGAUCUUAAUCAGAUUCAGUAUUGGAGUGACAGAAAUUUGUCGGCGUGGAUGGCGAUUAGCCUUAGGAAUCUCCAGGACAAGGCUUUGGCAGAUAAAUUCCCAUUUCCAAGAUGGACUAAAGGCAUAUCUUCCCCCAAACCAACACAGACGAGGCAUGCAGUCAAGAGCAGUUGCUUCCUCUUUGAUAUGGUUAGACAGAUUCUCCCGCAGAUUCGGAGAUAAACUGCCAGCUCAAGACAAGAUUCACUUGCCGUCUUGCCUGACACGUGCCAGUGUGCAUCAGAUCAUGAAAGAAGAGCUGGAGGACCUUGGAGAAGAAGUUUGCUGUAAAGAACAUUUCUAUCGAAUAUGGAAAAAAGAAAUGUCACAUUUGACUAUCCCAAAGGUGAACAGGUUUUCAAAAUGUGAUGUCUGUACUCAACUGAAGCAAAGCAUCGAAAGAACCAAUGACAAACAAGCAAGGAAAGCCCUCCAGCAACAAAGGGAGGAUCAUCUUACUCAACAAAAAACUGAAAGAAUGAAGUAUUACAAGCAUGCACAAAAAGCAAAACAACAUCCAGAGAAGUACAUCAGCAUUAUCAUCGAUGGAAUGGAUCAGCAAUCCACCAGCAUUCCGAAAUUUUACCGAACGGCCAAAUCAAUUUCAUCAGCAUGGAGACUCCCAUCGCAUGUAACUGGGACAAUAGUUCAUGGGCGGGGACAACACAUGUUUGUCGACAACAAAGAGUAUCCCCAUGACUCCAACCUUACUGCGAACAUUCUUCUUCAAGUUUUAAAUAAAUAUGCUAAUUCUCUUCCUGACACACUAUACCUCCAAAUGGAUAACUGCGGGAGGGAGAACAAAAAUCAAUGUCUCCUUGCUUUGUGUGCCCUUCUUGUGGAACUCAACGUGUUCAAAAAGAUCAAAUUGUGCUUCCUAAUGAAAGGGCACACCCAUGAGGACAUUGAUCAGCUGUUCAGUAGAAUAUCUACACAUACAUCAAAACAUAACAUUCCAACACUUUCAUCUUUACUACAUCACAUCCCACUUUCAUACAAGAAGCCAAACACAACAGCAGAAAGGAUACACAUCAUAUAUAACAUUAGGGACUGGCUUGAAACACACAUAAAUAAACCAUCACAUCAUAGCCUGCCACAUCAAUUUAAAAUAACAAAAAUUCAAGGACAUGCGGUCAUAAACACAAAAAAAUGGAGCAGUAGUCCAGUCUGGACCGCAACAACAGGUGCCAGUUACAUACUGAAAGAGCAUCCCCCUGGAUUGCCAGAAAUUGUUUCAAGGAGAAUUGAAGAACUUCAUCUUGAUCGUCUACGUAGAGACAUGGUGAAGUAUCGUCCCUACCUUAAUGACUCCGAGCAUCAAGAGUGGGUGCAACUGCUUCAUUCUUUUGGUGCAGAGGAUGAAGGCUCACUCCAAACUUGGAUACUGCUAGACAUUUUGAUGUCUAAGGAUGCCAUUGCUGCUGAUGAACAGAAUGCUAUCAACUCAGACAUCUAUUUGUCCAAUGAUGAGCAGGACCCCAUCCCUCCAGUCAAUCUUGGACGAAAGACUUCACAGAAGAAACAACCUAUGGUUCCUGAUAUUGGGCAGAUGAUGUGCGUCUUCCUUGAAGAAUAUCGCAAUGAAUGGCCGCAAGUUGGCAAAAUAACAGCACUUCAUGAAGAUUCUGCAACUCUGCAUUGGUUUACAGGCACAACAACAUCGAAUUGGAUAGCAUUAGAUACACCUAGCAGGGGACUAAAUGGAGGAAGUGAACCAUAUAUUUCCACUGUUUUGAAAUCUUCGUUUAUUACAGGUUCAUUCACCUUAACACCUCAAGGCAAAUUACCACAGGAUAUCCAGCGCCAAUUACGUGAGAAAAGAGAAGAAUUGUACAGUUAGCUAUAUAAAAUCUAUUGUCAUUUCUGGGUCAUUCUCAAGAAAAUGUCACAGAUAACUACUCAAUCACUAAUACAUUUGAGUGAAAAAUGCCUUCGUUUUGAUUAAACCCCACUAAAUGAAAUUUGAAGGGGGUACAGGAAUCAGCAUACUAUCAGAAUGGCUGUUGGUCUGUAUAACUGCAUCCUCAGUUUUUGGCCAAUUAUCAUGGAAUUUGGCUCACACGUUUCUUUUUUUUUGUAAAGAUGCACAAAACAUAAAUAAAGAGGCUUUAAUAGGAGGAAAUUAUAG